GCAGGCGCCGCAGCCCACCUCCGGGGCGGAGGUGGUGCGGCUUGGCAGCGGUCUGCGCAAAUCCGUCCGCAGACGCCUGCAUGGUGGCAAUGAGACAGAAGCAGAACGAUGGGAAGUUUUUUCAGACCACGAAGAGGGGCGAAAUUCAGGAGCUGAAGGAGGAGCUGCAUGCCAACGACAAGCAAAAGCAGAAGGACGCGGUGAAGAAGGUCAUUGCCAACAUGACGGUUGGCAAGGAUGUGUCUGCUCUUUUCGCAGAUGUGGUGAACUGCAUUCAGACUGACAAUGUCGAGCUGAAGAAGCUGGUUUAUCUCUAUGUCAUGAACUAUGCGAAGGCUCAGCCGGAGCUUGCCAUUUUGGCCAUCAACACCUUCCGCAAGGAUGCGAAGGAUGCGAAUCCCCUGAUUAGAUCACUGGCAGUUCGGACCAUGGGCUGCAUUCGACUUGAUCAGGUGACCGAGUACCUCUUAGAGCCCUUGAGGCGGUGUUGCCAGGAUCACGACCCCUACGUCCGGAAGACCUCGGCGAUCUGCAUCCCGAAGGUCUACGACAUCAACCCGGAGCUGGUAGAGGAUCAGGGCUUCGUGGAGAUCCUCAAGGAUCUGCUUGGGGACGGGAAUCCCAUGGUGGUCGCCAAUGCGGUGGCGGGCCUGGCAGAGAUCUCCCAGACCUGCGGUAGGGACCUCUUGGACUUGGACAAGGGCAACAUCCCCAAACUCUUGGCCGCUCUGAACGAGUGCAAUGAGUGGGGCCAGGUGUUUAUCCUGGACGCCCUCGCAACCUACGAUCCCUCUGGGCCCAGCGACGCGGAGUCCAUCUCGGAGCGAGUCACCGCCAGGUUGUCCCAUGCCAAUCCUGCAGUGGUGCUGACUGCCAUCAAGGUGAUCCUCCGUUGCAUGGAGCACACCGAGAAUCCCGAGGUGCUGCGGAUGCUCGCGAAGAAGCUGAACCCCCCGCUGGUGACCCUGCUAUCCAGCGAGCCGGAGGUGCAGUAUGUCGCACUGCGGAACAUCAGGCUCAUAGUUCAGAAGCGUCCCGGCAUCCUCGCCUCGGACGUCAAGAUGUUCUUCUGCAAGUACAACGACCCGAUCUACGUCAAGCUUGAGAAGGUCGACAUCAUGUGCAUGCUGGUGUCUGACAAGAACUUUGACCAGGUCCUCCUGGAACUGAAAGAGUACGCUUCUGGCGUCGAUGUGGAGUUCGUGCGAAAAUCCGUGCGUUCCAUCGGGCGAGUGGCAGUGAAGCUGGAGCGAGCCUGCGAGCGGGCCAUGAACGUGCUCCUGGAGCUGAUUGAAACCAAGGUGAAUUACGUCGUGCAGGAGUCCUGCGUGGUGGUGAAGGACAUCUUCCGCAAGUAUCCCUCUCGCUACGAGCAGGUGCUCUCGGCCUUGUGCGAGUCUAUGGAGGUGCUGGAUGAGCCUGAGGCGAAGGCCUCCAUGAUCUGGAUCCUUGGGGAGUACGCGGGCAGGAUCGACAACUCCGACGAGCUGUUGGAGUCCUUCCUCGACUCCUUCCACGAUGAGCCGCUGAUGGUGCAGAUGCAGCUUCUGACGGCCAUCGUAAAGCUUUUCUUGCAGAAGCCGUCCAGCACGCAGGACAUGGUUUCCAAAGUGCUUCAGUGCGCCACGGAGGAGUCAACCAAUCAUGAUCUGCGAGACAGAGGGUACAUCUACUGGCGGCUCUUGGCUACGAACCCGGAGGCUACAAAGCGGGUGGUGCUGGGCGACAAGCCUUCCCUCCGCGACGACUCGCAGUCCGUGGACAAGAACCUGCUCGAGAAGCUUUCCAGCGAGCUGUCGCUGAUGAGCAGCGUGUACCAUAAAUACGCCGAGGAGUUUGUGACAAGGCUUGCAGUGACUCCCAGCGGGGCAGAUGAGAAGGCUCAGGACGACGACCUGGACGAAGAGGACCGGCAAGCGAGCCGGCGCGAGGUCCAGGAGGAGCUGGAAAGAGGUCCUGACGCUGGCAGGAAUGGCAGUGGAGGGCUGGACCUCCUGGAUCUCGGAAUGGGCGACGACAGCCCACCCCGCACAUCGGGCGCGGCACCUGCAGUGCAGAAGGUGGCAGUGCUGCCGCCAACGCAAGCAGGACAGCACGGCAACACGGGCUUUGCCGUUUCCGCAGCCUUUGUGAGACAGAGGGGCUCCCCGACGCUGAUGAUGACCUUCAGCAACUCGAGCUCCGGGCCUCUCGGCGGCUUUGCCAUUCAGGUGAACAAGAACCCUUUCGGGUUUGCACCAACUCAGCAGAUAGCCUGCCCGGAGAUCAUGUCGGGAUCCUCCGCAGAGGUUGCCGUGGUGAUGACGCCGGGGCAGCUGAUGAGCAACACUCCACCAACCAAUCCACUCCUCCUCCAGGUCGCAAUCAAAACCUCACUUGACAUCUUCUACUUCCACGUGCAGUUCGACUUGUCGGCAGUCUUGGUGGAGAGCGGCGCCCUUACCCGGGACGACUUCACACCAAUUUGGCAGCGGGUGGGCGAGGCCGGUCAGAAGGUCGCCAUGAUUAGCAUGGCAAGACCCAUGGAUGCGGAGGCAGUGAAGGCGCAGCUUGCCGCGGAUAAUGUCCACUACGUGGCGCAGCGGCAGGUGGACGACGGGUCGGUGCUUCUGUACACGUCAUCGCAGACGCCCAACAAUUGUACUGUCCUCUCAGAGGUUGCUGUCAGUCCCGGCAGCAGCAGUCUGAAAGUGUCCAUCCGUACCGAGACCCAGGUGCUGAUGCCUCUUUAUGAGGCGAUGCUCAGCAGAAGAUUUGGCUAGCCUUGCAGGGCGGACCGAACGGGGUCCUCGCUUAAUGGACGCCAGCCAGCGGAAAACA